AUGUCCAUCUGGGACUCGCUCAGCGGCCGCAAACAGACGAAGGGUGCAGACGGCCUUGAUGCAUCUGCUGCCCCAGAUGCCAGCUCAUUCCUUUCCGAGGUUGCCCUUCCCGACCCAUCGCAGCUUCAUCCUCUAGCUGGUCUGAACCAAGAUACUCUCGACUAUAUCACACUCGAAGACUCCGCGCUUGACCAGCUUCCUGGCUCACAAUCUGUUUUACCGUCGCGCGGAUGGUCGGACGACCUCUGCUAUGGAACCGGAACCACCUAUGUCACAGCGCUCGCGAUCGGAGGAGCAUGGGGUUUGGCUGAAGGACUGAAGCGGACACCAGUGACCGCGCCUCCCAAGAUCCGUCUCAACGGUGUGCUGAACUCGAUUACACGGCGAGGACCUUUCCUUGGAAACUCUGCGGGUGUGGUCGCAAUGGUAUACAACGGUCUCAACUCUUUUGCCGGUUACGCUCGGGGGAAGCAUGAUGCUGCCAACAGCAUUGCUGCCGGCGCCGUCAGCGGAAUGGUCUUCAAGAGCACUCGUGGCCUUAAGCCCAUGCUGAUCUCUGGUGGUAUCGUGGCAACUAUUGCGGGAACUUGGAGUGUCGCCAAGAAGGCUCUUUUGUAA